AUGUGCCGUCCUUACACAUAUCCAAGCCCAUCCUGUUCGAUUUUCAACUACAGCUUGCAUGGAAUCUAUCCAUCUGUCGCCAUUCGACAAACGAAGAAACUUUACCUCUCGACUGAACUGCCUGUCAACGCCAAUCUGGGAACAUCUUCAAUACAACUUGGACAAGAUGAUCAGGUGAUCUCCUUGCAAUGUGACCAACGAAGCGAAAUCGGUUUUCGGUGA